UGGAACGACUGAUCAAGCAAUGGGCGCCAAUAGUCUGGCUGGCGCCUGAAGAGAAAUUUAUGCCUUUGGGUGUGGAGGAGUUUCUGCAGCAUGUGCAUCCAAUGGACAAGGAACGCAACUAUAUACCGGGCAUGCCCUUUAGUGAAUACUCUACCAAAUCGCAUUUGGUAACCAACAAUGAAAUGGAGCAGCUGCUGAACAAUGAGCAAUCGUUUAUUUAUGGUCGCAAUCCUAACGAAGCACCUGUGCCGGUCUAUGGCGUGGUUACCUUGUGCCCAGCAGCAGCAGCACCACCGCCGCCGCCCAAGCCUGAAGUCAAGCCUUAUGCGCCGCCGCCGCCGCCAGCAGCAGCCUUGGCCAGCACACGCGGACCCUACAUACCCGUGUCUAUAGAUCCGCUGGAGGAUCGAAAUGAUACAGUGCGACGCUCAUCGCGUCUUUUUCCAUUGUUUCAGCGCAUGAAACGUGAGCUGGCGCCACUUUCAGAGUACGAUUUGGUCAUGGGCGAGACGCAGCCAGCUACGUCUGAGCAGCAGCAACAGCUACUUGAGCCGGAGCCGGAGCUAGCGGCUGAGCUGGAGUCAGACUAUGGCGUGCCUGUCAACAACUUCAUUGCCAAUUUGGCGGACAAUGUCAAGUUUAGCGGCGGUGCUGGCUUGGAAGACAACUUGCAGGACAACAACAUUGGCGAGUCGCCGGAGCCCGAAGUACACGGCAUAAAGGGUCAGCUGCCUGGCUUCCAUGUGACCUACUGGAUGUUUUACCCAUACAGUCAAGGCAAGACCAUGUGCACGCUUAGUCUGGGACCAUUGGGGCGCAUUCCCUUUCCCGCCGUCUAUGGCUACUGCCUGGGGCAUCGCCGCGACAUUGGCAGCCAUGUGGGCGACUGGGAGCACAUGAGCCUUUACUUUAAUGGCGACUCGGAGCCGCAGGCUAUGUAUGUGUCGGCCCAUGAUGCGGGCGCCUAUUACAGCUACAAUCGCCUGACGGGCGCUUUUGAGUUUCGCCGCCAGGAGACGCGCAAGGGCAUCCUGCAGCGUCCGAAUUUUCCCAAAACUGUCACCACAUUUAAAAAUCAUCCGGUUCUGUUUGCUGCCAAGGGCUCGCAUGGACUGUGGACGGCGCCUGGCAAGCAUCGAUUUGUCAAAGUGGCAAGACUCUAUGACAUCAAUGGCUUUGGCACGCCCUGGAACACUUGGAAAGCUGUCGACAUAAGCUACAAGAAUCUCAAGUCCUACGGGCGCUCGCUGGUGCCGGAUUGGCUGACGUAUCGCGGUAAAUGGGGCAACCCCAAGAGCAAAUGUCAUCCAUUUAGACGCAUUGGCCUAAACUUUUGUGAGUUUACGGACGGACCCACGGGCAUUCCACUAAAGGAGCCGCAUUUCCAGUGCGGUGCUGACUAUCGUUGAGUUCUUAUGAUUUAAGGAAAGCAACUUUCCGGCCUAUUGCUUAAAGUAGUGAAGUAAAGUAUUUAUUGUGUUAUCAACGCCCUAAAGCAUUAAAAAUGAAU